UCAGAAGUAGAAGACUCGUAUUCUCCUCUCUAGCCUCCUCCUCCUGCACAAAGAAGCCCCAUUCUCACCCUCUCCUAAAACCCCCAAUCCCCAAAAAGUUGCCCUUCGCCGUCUCAGCCCACGGCAAAACUUGGGACGAUCCUUACCACUGGAUGUCCAAAACCGACGAUCCUGAUCUAAUCGGCUACCUCAAUCGAGAGAACUCCUACGCUGAGGCUUUCAUGGCGGACACUAAAGAUCUUCAACGGAGAUUGGUGGCUGAGAUGAAGGGUAGGAUGCCGGCUAGGGUUUCGACUCCUCCUGAGAGCUGGGGCGAUUGGUUAUACUAUCAGUAUAUCCCGGAGGGAAAGGAGUAUCCAGUAUUGUGUAGGAGGGCGAAAAGUCACGGGGGUUUUGGAAAAACAAUUCUUCAUUAUUUGAGAGGCACCAGGGAGGAUAAAAUAUUGCUCGACUGGAAUGAGAUAGCUGAAAAAUAUGGUUAUGUUCAUGUGGGCACAUGUAGGAUUUCGCCCAACCAUAAGUACAUUGCAUACACGCUGGACAGAACUGGCAGCGAAGUCUUUGUCCUUCAAGUGAAAGAUAUCCAAACUGGACGCAUCAUUUUAGAUUCAGGAAUUGAAGGGGUGGUUAGCUUGGCAUGGGCUUCAGACAGUAGUUGUUUGUUAUACACAGUUUGUGAUGAAAGCCUGCGGCCUUACAGGGUAUUUUGUACGAACCUGGCAUCAAACAUGGCAGAUUAUUUACUCUUUACUGAGAAUGAUACGAGUUGCUGUGUGGAUAUUACUAGUACCAAAGAUGGAAAGUUUUUAACCAUAAACUCCAACUCCAGGGCCUCAUCUGAGGUAUAUGUGAUGGAUGCUACAGACAUAGAAGGUGGAUUGUGGCCUGUCCGAAAACGUGUGCCUGGUGUUCAGUAUUUUCUUGAACACCAUCAUGGUUUCUUUUAUAUUCUUAAUAAUUCUCCUUUAGAGAAGAUGGGAGUAGCUUCUGGAGGCUAUUACUUAGCUAGAUGUAGAGCUGAGAAGUCACUAUUAAGCAGUUGGCAGGCUAUUAUUGUACCACGUGGAGACAUAACCUUCCAUGACAUGGAUAUGUUCCGUGGAAAUUUGGUGCUUUCUAUUGACAAGAAGGGGCUUCCUUCAUUCUGUUCCAUAGACAUGCCUAUUGUAGACAACUGUGAGAGACCAGCUAAAGUUGAGGAACUUGAUCCAUGGUUUUUCCCAGUACCCUCAAACGUUUGCAAUAUUACCCCAGGUUCCAAUCAGGAUUUCAUGUCUUCCAUCUAUCGUGUGGUGAUCUCAUCUCCAGUGAUGCCAGAUGUUAUAGUUGACUACAAUAUGGCAAAGAGGAAGUUCACUAUCUUGCAUCAAGAGGAGGUAGUGGGAUUAGCUAAUGACACAGAAGCAAAUUUAUGUGCCAAGGAUUUGCGUUCUAAUUUUUCAGCAGUCCAGUUUCAUGAUGACAAGCAUUUGCGAAGUUUGGAAGACUCUCAAAAAUUGCAUGAUAUUUCUGAAGCAAUCUCUUGUGAGAGGAAGGAAGUUAUUUCACAUGAUGGUGUCAAAGUCCCAUUGACCAUACUGUACUCUAAGAACGCACAUGUUACUAGUCAAUCUCCUGGGAUUUUGCAUGGUUAUGGAGCCUAUGGAGAGGUCUUGGAUAAAAGCUGUAGUCGAGGAUGGGUUUGUGCAUAUGCUGAUGUCAGGGGUGGAGGGAACUUGUUGUGGCAUCAGGCUGGCACAGGAUUGCACAAGCUAAACUCUAUGUAUGAUUUUGCUGCAUGUGGGUUAUACCUUAUUGGAGAGGGUUAUGUUCAUAAGGACCGGCUUUCUGCUGUUGGAACUAGUGCAGGAGGCCUUCUAGUAGGAGCAUGUAUGAACAUGUAUCCAGACUUAUUUUGUGCUGCUAUUCUGAAGGUUCCUUUUCUUGAUAUUUGCAACACAAUGUUGGACUCUAAGUUACCCCUCACUAAGUUGGACUAUGAGGAAUUUGGAGAUCCCCAAUUUCAAACUCAAUUCGAAACAAUUCAAAACUAUUCUCCAUAUGAUAACAUACUGCUCGGUCAAUGCUAUCCUUCAGUUUUGGUUACAGCAUCAUUUUAUGAUUCCAGGGUAGGAGUCUGGGAAGCUGCUAAAUGGGUCGCAAAGGUGAGAGAGAUCACAUGUCCGACCUGUUCUAGAUCUAUCAUUUUGAAGACCAAUAUGAGUGGUGGACAUUUUGGUGAGGGCGGCCGUUAUAUGCAUUGUGAAGAAACUGCUUUUGAGUAUGCAUUUUUAAUUAAAGUGAUGGGAAGGCUUCAUAGUGAAAUGGAUCAAAGAGAUGGAAGUUCCCCUUGGAAAUAAAUUAAGAAUAUCUUUUCAGCUGAUGGUGGAGUUAACUAGCAUACACCUGACAUAUUUACUGUAAAGCGAAAAGAGAGCAGCUGUUCAUCUAUCAACCCUUAAGGGGUCAUCUCGGGAGGUGGGAACAUGUUUCUUUCCUGAUCCAGUUAUGAGGCAAAAUUGGGCCGAACAAAAACUAGAUAAGAAUAAGUUUCUUAUUUGCCAAACUAGGACUAAGAUCUUGGGCCAACUUCGUUCCAACUAAAGCCAGUUUAAUAAGUUUGUCAAACAGGACCCUAAAACUGAGUCAGGUUUGAAUCUGGCCUAGUUUUAGUGUGUUGUCAAACAGGCCCUAACACUAUGCUUGUCUAAGGGUAUCUGGGCAGGUAUUCUCUGCAUGCUUAUUCUUGUAACUUCCCUUUGUAAUCUGCCUGACCUUUAUAUCUCAUCUGAAUGGUACUUUAUAUGUACUCUUUUCCUUUUAUUUUCCCAAUUUCAUUUGUUUCUUCUCCUCAAAAUCCUCCAAUUCAUCCUGUCUCUUCAGAUUAUUUUGGGUUUAACCUAUCAAAACGUGACCUUGUGCGUAAAUAUUGGAAAUUUCAGUUGUCUCCCCUAUAAAAAAGGAUGGCAAAUUCACUUUUGUUGUUGUUGCUGCUGCUGCUGUGAGGAACCUUGGCUGCUAAGGUCCCAAGGCCCAACCACAAGGCUAUCUGCAGGGGUUCUUCAUAUUAUCUUGCUUCAAAGGGACAAACAAUUUUUGGAUAAUGAUUAUCUUAAGUCAUAUUUGAUCCUACCAAGAAAAUUUCUUUUCAUGUAAUGUCCUUGAAUUUAUAUUGCACGUGCAUCUAAUAAAUUUUGGUUCAUGCAAGAUGUAGGUGAUCAUUCAUAUCGUAUGGAGAGGAAAAAAAAAGUAAAAAGAAAAGAACAUUUAAUAUGCAAGCUGUAUGGCAUUUUCAGCAGUUUCUGGUCCAAGUCAUUCUGAUCCCUUGACAUAGGAUGUUUUCGUAUUUGAUAACCUAGAAAGUUGAAUUCUCUCUUGCAGCUAAUUUUAAAAAGCACUACGUUGAGAGCUAUGCUUGUCUUCAAUGCCGUCUAUCUUAUUGGGAGGAGGAAUCUCUCUCUGUGAAGAUAAGCUGUAGCCUGGUGCAAACAUUAUCCUCUCUCUUUUCCCCUUUCUAGUUAGAUUUUGAAACCACCGUGCUAUAAUGCAAUCUUUUUCAUUGGGAAAAGGAACGUGAUCAACAAUUUAUUCUUGUGUAUUAUUGACAGGCUCUUUUUUUUUUACUGUUCUUGAAAUAAGUUAAUAGAAUUUUUCAGUGGA